AUGAACAUCCUGCUGGAGUUCUUCGUGGUGACUUUCCGAGUGCUGUGGGCGUUCGUGCUGGCCGCGGCCAAGUGGCUGGUGCGGCCCAAAGAGAAAAGUGUGGCGGGGCAGGUGUGCCUGAUCACCGGGGCGGGCAGCGGCCUGGGCCGCCUCUUCGCCCUGGAGUUUGCCCGGCGCCGGGCGCUUCUGGUGCUGUGGGACAUCAACACGCAGAGCAACGAGGAGACGGCGGGCAUGGUGCGGCACAUCUACCGGGAGAUGGCCGAGGAGGCGGCCGCCUCCGCCCCCGGAGUAGCUGGAGAUGGAGAGAAAGAUGUGCUGCCCCAUUGCAACUUGCAGGUUUACACGUACACCUGUGAUGUGGGCAAAAGAGAGAAUGUCUACUUAACAGCUGAGAGGGUCCGCAAGGAGGUUGGUGAGGUGUCUGUCCUGGUUAACAAUGCCGGUGUGGUCUCCGGGCACCAUCUUCUGGAGUGUCCUGACGAGCUUAUUGAGAGGACCAUGAUGGUUAACUGUCACGCACACUUCUGGACCACUAAAGCAUUCCUUCCCAAGAUGCUGGAAAUGAACCAUGGACACAUUGUGACAGUUGCAAGUUCCUUGGGGUUAUUCAGUACUGCUGGAGUGGAGGAUUAUUGUGCCAGCAAAUUUGGAGCUGUAGGCUUCCAUGAGUCUUUGAGCCAUGAAUUGAAGGCUGCUGAAAAGGAUGGAAUAAAAACUACUUUAGUCUGCCCUUAUCUUGUAGAUACAGGAAUGUUUAGAGGGUGCAGGAUCAGAAAAGAGAUUGAGCCUUUCCUGCCACCCUUGAAACCUGAAUACUGUGUGAAGCAGGCUAUGAGAGCCAUCCUUACGGACCAGCCAAUGAUCUGCACACCACGCCUCAUGUAUAUGGUCACCUUCAUGAAAAGUAUUCUGCCAUUUGAAGCAGUUGUAUGCAUGUACCGAUUUCUGGGAGCGGACAAGUGUAUGUAUCCUUUCAUCGCUCAACGGAAACAGGCUACAAACAACAAUGAAGCAAAAAAUGGAAUUUAA